UAAAAUCAUAUUCCAUUCAAGAAAGUCCUCAUCAACAAAUUAUAAUAGUUUCUUCCACAUUCAACCGCUGAUCAAAACCAUUUCCUCAAAACAACCAUGGCUGCCUCAACAAUGGCUCUUUCAUCACCUUCAUUCGCAGGAAAAGCCGUAAAAAUCGCCCCAUCAACAUCAGAGCGACUUGGUGAAGGAAGAGUUACCAUGAGAAAAAGUGUAGCAAAACCAAAACCAUCAUCAGGGAGUCCGUGGUAUGGUCCAGACAGAGUUCUAUACUUAGGCCCCUUAUCCGGCUCACCGCCGUCUUACCUUACCGGAGAAUUCCCUGGUGAUUACGGGUGGGAUACAGCCGGCCUCUCAGCUGAUCCCGAGACAUUUGCCAAGAACCGUGAGUUAGAAGUUAUUCAUUCAAGAUGGGCUAUGCUUGGAGCACUUGGUUGUGUUUUUCCUGAGCUUUUAUCAAGAAAUGGUGUCAAGUUUGGAGAAGCAGUUUGGUUCAAAGCUGGUUCACAAAUUUUCAGUGAAGGUGGGCUUGAUUAUUUAGGUAACCCAAGCUUAAUUCAUGCACAGAGUAUUUUAGCCAUCUGGGCUUCACAAGUCGUCUUAAUGGGGGCUGCGGAGGGCUACAGAAUUGCCGGUGGACCGCUUGGGGAGGUGACUCAUCCUAUUUAUCCUGGAGGGAGCUUUGAUCCUCUUGGAUUGGCAGAUGAUCCUGAGGCUUUUGCUGAGCUUAAAGUCAAGGAAAUCAAGAAUGGUAGGUUGGCUAUGUUUUCCAUGUUUGGUUUCUUUGUUCAAGCUAUUGUAACUGGAAAAGGACCUUUGGAGAACCUAGCUGAUCACCUUGCUGAUCCAGUGAACAACAAUGCCUGGGCAUAUGCAACAAACUUUGUCCCUGGCAAAUAAUUUGGUGGUUAUUAAUAUACUGUGAAUUGUUCCAAAGCAUUUGUGUGAUUGGAUUGUUACGAAAUUGUUGAUGAUUUAGAGAUGUAAAUGAUGGACUUUAUGCAUAUAAAGUGUCAUUCUUUCUUGAAGUAA